ACAGGCCAUCCUUUAAACAAUAAAAUUUUUAUAAUUUUAUUAAGAACUUUAAAAAUUCAUUAAGAAUUUUUUUUUAAAGUGACUAAUGUUUGAAUUAUUUAAAAACAAAUGACAAACAAACGAUUUUUUUAUGAGUGAAUAACCGUAAAAAAUAAAAAAAAAUAUUACAAAAGAUAAGAAAUAAAAAUAUGAACAGAAAUUGAGUGCAAAAAAAAAAUAAAUAAAUAAAUAAAAUGAAUUUGAAUAAAAACAGCAUCUUCUAAUAAGAUAACAAGGUGUGCGUGGUGCAUGCAAUGAAAAAUCCAUCGACGACGACGACGACUGAAAAAAAGGCAAAAUUAAGGUUAUACCGAGAAAAAUAAAUAUAUCGAAUAUCAGAUAAUACUCUACUUAAAAGUACACGACACAACAGACAAUAGAACAAAACUUAAUUGUAUAUCAUACAAAUAAAAACUUCAUACAAAAGUCAGAAACAUGACAAUUGUUAAAACAGAAGCGAUUCAGGCGCAGGCGACGACACUCGCUGGUUGCUGUCAAAGUGAUAAUAUUAGCACGGAUUGCGGAUCAUCCAUGGAAGACAUCGAUGAACGCAUCAAGAUGGAUCCAUCCUCAGUUGAUCCCGAACAGGACGACGAAAAAUAUUCAUUUCCCAAACGAGAGCCCGUCGAUGUCGAAUUCAAGGAUUUGCGAUUUACUGCAAGCAGAUUUUCGCUGAAAAAUUUCAAAGUUGAACACAAGGAAAUUUUGCAUGGCGUUAACGGCGCUUUUCGCUCGAACGAACUCACAGCAAUUAUGGGACCAAGCGGAUCGGGAAAAACUACUUUGUUGAAUUCGCUUGCUGGAUAUGUCAACACAGGCGUCAGCGGGCUCGUGCAAUUUAACGGCGAAACUCGUCAUGCGAAUUCAGAUAAAUUUCGACAUCUUGCUGCUUACAUCCAUCAAGACGACGAACUUCGACCAUGGCUUACGACGGGCGAAUCUAUGAUGUUUGCAGCCCAUUUGAAGCUCGGUUAUCAUGUUUCGUAUGCGGAAAAGUACAAAGCUGUCAAAAAAAUUUUAUUUCUCUUGGGCUUAGAUAAAAGAUUUAACACGCGAGCAGGAAAUUUGUCGGGAGGACAAAAAAAGAGACUCGCAAUUGCACUCGAAAUGAUCAGUAACCCACCGAUUUUGUAUUUGGAUGAACCAACAACAGGUUUAGAUAGUUCCUCGACAACGCAAUGCAUCAAACUUUUAAAACGUUUAGCACAACAAGGCAGAACAGUAAUCGCAACAAUUCACCAACCAUCGGCAUUGUUGUUCGAAAUGUUCGACAAGUUGUAUGCUGUUACGAAAGGUCAAUGUUUGUAUCAAGGUCCAGUGAAAGAACUCGUGCCCUUUCUUGGCAAUCUUGGUUUGCAUUGUCCGAGCUAUCACAAUCCCGCGGAUUUCUUAAUGGAAGUCGCUGUUGGCGAAUACAACGUCGAUGUGAACAAAAUAAUAAAAAUCGCGCUUAAAAAGUACUACGAAGAUACAGGAAAAAGUAUAAAUUGUGAUAUGGAGUCGUUCGAACAACCUGUUUACCGGUCAACGACAACGAGUUAUAACGAAAGUAGCUCGAUAACAACAAAAGUAACCACAAAAUAUCAAUUUGACGGAAAUGGAAACGAUUUUCGGGAGACAAAUUUGCAAGAAGCUCAGGACUCGUGUGUUUCUAAAUUUGUCGAGACUCCAAAGCAAGUUAGUUGCAUUUAUCAAUUUUUGGUGCUUUAUCAGAGAUAUUUUAUGUGCAGUCGAAGGAAUUGCUUUCUUAUUGUUACUCGAAUGCUUGCGAGUUUUCUCACCGCCAUACUUUUUGGAUACAUUUACGCGGGUGUUGGGGCAGCAGCAAAUACAGCGCUCGGAAAUUACAUUUAUCUCUAUGGAUCCGUGUUGUUUGUUGUUUAUACCGGAAAAAUGGCUGUAAUGAUGUCGUUUCCAACGGAGCUUGGGGUGCUGUCAAGAGAACAUUUUAAUCGAUGGUAUGGAUUGGGGCCGUACUUUUUGAGCGUUAUUUCGUUCGAAAUUCCCGUUCAAGUCUUGAGCAUCGUCCCGUAUUGUUUCAUCAGCUAUUUCCUCACGGGUAAUUGGUAUCAAACGGAUGACUAUCGUUUCGCUUAUUUCACUAUUGGAUGCAUUUUCGCAACUUUAGCUGCUCAAGCAUGGGGUUUCUUAGUUGGAUCAACGUUACCCACAAAGAUUGCUGUGUUCAUUGGACCGAUUCUUCUCGUACUCUUCAGUGUUUUUGGCUUUUGUACGCCCUAUUCCGAAAUAAAUCGAGCGUUUCGUUGGAUGUGGCACGUUAGUUACUUUCGAGCGAGUUUCCAUACGGCGCUUAAUGCUGUUUAUGGUUACAAUCGAACUGACAUGUACUGCCCAGAUAACGUCAUUUAUUGCCAUUUUUCGAAACCAAAAGUAUUUUUGCAAGAAAUGGACAUCGAGAAUGUCAACAUGUUCAACAACAUGUCAUUGGUUGGCGGCGUAAUUGUCCUCAUACAUAUCUUAACGAUCAUUUCUUUGUGGUAUAAGUUGAAUAGGAGAUAAAACGGAAUUAGCUUUUAAUGCAAAAAUGAUUUAAAAUUGAAGAUUAAGCCAAAAUCUGAGAAAAAAUUUUUAUCAUUAAGCGCCAAACGUAAAUAUUAGAUCUUAAGUUGGAAUCUUCCGCGGUUUUUUAUGGAUUAAGCUUUAUUAGUUUUUAAUGUCGCUGUGAUUAUUUAUUUUUCUUUCUUUAAAUUUUUAAGAAAUUUGUGAAUAU